CCGGAUUCCCACGAAUGCGGUAAUAAGAGCAGAGAUUUCAUUCGGGGCCGCCAGGUCGAAAUGGGGAAUGUGACAUCCAGCGUGGCCGCAAAGUUCGCAUUUUUCCCACCCGACCCUCCGACGUACGAUGUUUCGAGGGACGAAGACGGCCGGCUGUGCUUCAGCGGCGUGACGGCGGACCAGAACGUGGACGUGCACUUGCUGGAAACGAAAGGCGGGAACAAGAUCGUGGCCACCUUCUGGAAGCACCCUUUCGCUAGGUUCACGCUCCUCUACUCCCAUGGCAACGCCGCAGAUUUGGGCCAGAUGCAGGGCCUCUUCCUUGAGCUCAGAGCCCACCUCCGUGUCAAUAUCAUGAGCUAUGAUUAUUCGGGAUAUGGUGGAUCUUCUGGUAAGCCAUCUGAGCUCAACACAUACAAUGACAUAGAAGCAGUCUACAAAUGUUUGAAGAGCGAAUAUGGAAUCAAGCAGGAGGAUCUGAUUCUAUACGGCCAGUCCGUUGGUAGCGGGCCCACGUUACACCUGGCAUCACGGUUGCAGAGGCUGAGAGCUCUUGUUCUUCACAGUGCCAUUCUUUCUGGAAUUCGCGUCUUAUAUCCUGUCAAGAUGACAUUCUGGUUCGACAUCUUUAAAAACAUAGACAAAAUACGGCAAGUCAACUGCCCGGUUUUGGUCAUCCAUGGCACAGCGGAUGAGAUUGUGGACUUCUCCCACGGGAAGCGUUUGUGGGAGCUUUCAAAAGAGAAAUACGAUCCGCUGUGGGUGCAGGGGGGAGGCCAUUGUAACCUGGAGACCUACCCAGAUUUCAUCACUCACUUGCGCAAAUUCUUGAACGCAAUGGAGAAACACUCCUUUGUUCAUAAGAAGGAGCAAAGCAAACCGCGCCUUUCCCAGGCCUCCCAGAGCGUCCCCGACUACAAAAACAACAAGUGCUUGAGAUUUGGAAAAAGAUGAUGGAAUGAUAACUCCUGGAAACCCCUUCUGAUUAGGCCGGGCUUGAUUAGAUCUUUUUUUUUCUUUCUUGGCCAUGUAUAUAUAUAUGUAUGAAGAAAUGUUUAGUUUUACUCCUCUCCACACCUACACUCUCUUCCACCUGAUGAAUUCUCUAACUGGGAAGAGCAGUUUAUUACGUGUAGUGUAUGUAAAUCCAUCAUUACCUGCAAAGUUUCAGGAAUUUGUAUUAAUCAUCUGGAAUUCUGGAUUGUGAAAUGUUAGCCUUGGUAUGCUAAGCCUCAUGUUUUGAUGUUAACAAACAAUAUAAGAGCUUAACGUUU